AAAAAUAGGUGGAGGGUUUACAUUGGGGUUUUGAGAGAGGCGCUUCUCUGCUGCAAAUUGCCUUUACUGUGUUUCUCUCUUCCCCUUUAUAAAACCGCUUCCGUCGUCAAUGGCGUGAGCCUAAACAAGAAAGAAAAACCAUUCUUCUCUCUUUUCGUUUUUUUCAUUCUCUCUCUCUCUACUCCAUCGUUUUCACACUUUUCUCGCCGCCCUUUAUCCUUAUCCGAUAAACCCACAAAUAAAGACAGACUCUUUUGUUCUUUAAACAGAGAUUGUAAAUCCAGAGCCGCCGGAAAAUACAACCGCCGGUUUACUCUCAGGAUUAGUUGAUAUUAUUCGAUUUUAAAAAUCAGUAGGAAGAAGAUGAAGUACGUGCUUGUAACAGGAGGUGUUGUGAGUGGAUUAGGGAAAGGAGUAACAGCAAGUAGUAUUGGUGUUCUCCUUAAAGCUUGUGGUCUUCGAGUUACUUCUAUCAAAAUCGAUCCUUAUCUGAACACUGAUGCUGGAACUAUGUCUCCAUUUGAACACGGUGAAGUUUUUGUCUUGGACGAUGGUGGUGAGGUGGAUCUUGAUCUUGGAAACUACGAAAGGUUUCUAGAUAUCAAAUUAACAAGAGACAAUAACAUCACUACUGGGAAAAUUUAUCAGCAUGUUAUUGCUAAAGAGAGGAAAGGAGAUUAUUUGGGAAAGACUGUUCAGGUUGUUCCUCAUGUCACUGAUGCAAUUCAAGAUUGGAUCGAGAGAGUUGCGGUUAUUCCUGUUGAUGGAGAAGAGGAUCCUGCUGAUGUUUGCGUUAUUGAAUUAGGUGGAACAAUAGGUGAUAUUGAAUCCGCGCCUUUUAUCGAGGCGCUUGGUCAAUUCUCUUACCGUGUAGGCCCAGGGAAUUUCUGUCUGGUCCAUGUCAGCCUCGUGCCUGUGCUUAAUGUUGUUGGUGAACAGAAAACUAAGCCGACACAGCAUAGUGUCAAGGGGCUACGAGGAUUGGGCUUGACGCCGGAUAUCUUAGCUUGUAGGAGCACAAAGCCACUUGAAGAUAAUGUGAAAGAAAAACUAGCUCAGUUUUGCCAUGUCCCGCUUGAGUAUAUCUUCACUCUCUAUGAUGUUCCCAACAUUUGGCGUAUUCCUUUGUUGCUAAAGGAUCAGAAAGCUCAUCUGGCAAUCUCAAAAGUGCUCAAUCUUGCUAGUAUUCUUAAUGAGCCUUCUCUAGGGGAAUGGACUUCCAGAGCUGAAUUAUGUGACAAUUUACAUGUGCCGGUGAGAAUCGCUGUUGUGGGGAAAUAUACAGGCCUCUCUGAUGCUUAUCUCUCUGUCUUAAAGGCUCUCUUACAUGCUUCUGUGGCUUGUCGCAAAAAGCUCGUAGUUGAUUGGGUUCCAGCUUGUGAUCUCGAAAAAGAAACUGAGAAAGAGAAUCCAGAUGCGUAUAAAGCUGCUUGGAAGUUGCUAAAGGGUGUAGAUGGAAUUCUUGUACCUGGAGGUUUUGGUGAUAGAGGAGUGGAAGGGAAGAUUCUUGCUGCAAAGUAUGCACGUGAAAACAAAAUCCCGUUCCUCGGUAUUUGUCUUGGAAUGCAGAUUGCUGUCAUCGAGUUUGCACGAUCAGUUCUAAGCUUGCAAGACGCAAACAGCACAGAAUUUAACCCUGAAACCAAACAUCCUUGCAUCAUUUUCAUGCCCGAGGGUUCUAAAACUCAUAUGGGAGGCACUAUGCGCUUAGGAUCAAGAAAAUCCAUCUUCAAUGUCAAAGACAGCAAAUCUGCAAAACUAUACGAGAACAAAAGCUUUGUAGAUGAGAGGCAUCGUCACAGAUACGAGGUGAAUCCGGACAUGGUUGAACGCCUUGAGAAGGCCGGUCUUUCUUUCGCUGCGAAAGAUGAAACUGGCAAACGCAUGGAGAUCAUUGAACUUCCAAACCAUCCUUUCUUUAUCGGUGCUCAAUUCCACCCCGAGUUCAAAUCCAGACCCGGGAAAGCUUCUCCUCUGUUUUUAGGGCUCAUUGCAGCAUCGUGUGGCGAGUUAGACACAGUCCUGAAUCCAGCUUCUGCUCAUCAACAUUCGAUUAGUAACGGUCCAACAAACAUUUUCAUCAAUGGAACUUCCAAGAAAUCUCCCAAUGGCUUGGCUGAUGUAAGAUAUAAUAACGGCUACUGCAAUGGCCUCUACACUAGAUAGCUGCAUUUGCUGAAUUCUCCCUCUCCAUUAGAAUUAUUGCUUUGUGUUCGAUUUAGUUUGGAUUUUGGUUUGCUUUCUUCUUAAUAAUCUUAGGAUUUUUCCUCUGUACAUAUGAUCCAAGCUUUUGCUCAGUUUUUUUUAGACUCUUUUAACAGACUUAUGAUCUGGAAAGACUCUAGAAACGUUUGAAAAUGGCGGUUUGAUUCCCCUGGUUCGUUUUUUUUUUCCACCAAAAGGGAUUUCAUAUGAUCUUAUGUACCGUUGGAACAUUUUACAUCUCUCGAUUUGGUCUGAAUGUGUAAGAAGCAUUUGAUAAAUAAAACUUUAAACAAGUCUUUAUAAA